UGAGACAUAAGCCCCGCCUCCUUGAAGUCAUGUAGUCAUGUUGUGUUUCGCAGGACUCACAACACUGCUUCACUUCAGAUAAAAGUCGGCGGCACACAAGACAAAAAGUUGUGACGUACUUACAGCUUGAAAAUGCUAGAGAAAGGUCGGGCGUGUUAGGCACUUUGAACAGUUUGGAGAGUUGUACUUUACCUGCGGAGAUGAGCGGCUCCUCAGGUGUGCGUGGCGGCGGCGGCGGCAAACUCUCGCGACACCUGACCAGCGUGGGAAUCAACCCCGCGGCUCUGGCCUACGCCAUGACCACUUUGGGCUCCUGCAUGAUCAACAACAUAUUCACCUUCUACUACGUCAAACUCUUCAUCAACAAGUACAGGAUCUCAGAAGGUGCUUUCCAUCAGUCACAGGUGGUGUACAUGCUGUGGAAUGCCAUCAACGACCCUCUCUUUGGAUACAUUCAAGAUACCUCCAAGGUGCCUUGCUGCUCUCACAGGCGUCUCUCCAUCCUGUACGGGGCCCCCCUCUACUCCUUGGCGUUCCUCAUCGCCUGGUUCCCGUGGCGGUCCUACCAACCUGGCGACUGGCUCAGCGGCAUUCACUUGAUGGCGGCGUUGUGCUUGUUUGACGGCAUGCUCACCUUUGUGCUGCUGGCUCAGUGCGCCCUAUUCGCCGAGAUUUCCGGCCACCAUCAGAACCGGUUAAGACUCAUCAAGUACAACCAGGUGGCGUCGCUGCUCGGCUCGUCGAGCGUUCUCUUCUGCGGCCUGCUGUCCCGAAACAUGGAAGACUUUGCAGCCUUCCAAGCAUUCACCGUGAUCGUGGCCAUCCUGAGCUGUGGGUGCAUGCUCUACACGGGCGUCCACAGUGAGAGCCGCUUCGAUGUCCAAGGACCCCGGGCGGAUGCCCCGCAGUGCUCCGACCGCGCCUCCCAAAGCUUACUGGCUUCCUUCACCGCGGUGAAAACGCUGACAUGGCAAAUCCUCAUCAACAGAGACUUCCAGCUCUUCGUGCUCAUGAACUUUUUCCAGGUUUUCAUGUUGGCUUUCUUCAGCAACUUCACGCUGAUAUUUGCCGAGCACCUCAUUCCCCCAGACGUGCUCUCGUCGCUGGCCAAGAGCAUCAUGUACGGCGCCGGCUUCAUCUGUCCGCAGUUGUUAGUUUUGAGCUGUGAGAGACUUCUUCGUGGCCUGGGCUACUACAGGAUCAUCCUCUACACCUUUUACCUGCAGGUGGCAAUAGGGGCUUUAAUGCUUGCGGUCGGACCUCAGCACCAUCGCAUCCUGGCGUUGUUCCUCACUGUGAGCAUGGUCCUAGUCCAAGCAGUCUUCAGUCUUUUCGGUUUGCCCCUGGCGGACAUCGUUGACGCAGACAUGGAGAAGUACAAGCGCAGUUCCCCUCUGUCCUCCAUGGUGUUUGGGACCAACGCCCUGUUCACCAAACCUGCUCAGUCUCUGGCCCCGAUGAUGGUGAUCAGCAUCCUCAACCAGUUUGGCUAUGAGCGGCUGAAAGAUCCUGGUGGCGAGGUCGAUCCAAGAGCGUUGGUGAGCCUCCACAGCGUCAUGUUCUACCUGGUGUGCGUGCUGCCCAUGUGUGUCGCCGCCCUCCAAGUCCUGGCUUGGAGACCCUUUUCUAUACGCAGCAGUCACACGCUGGACAGCAAUGGAACUUGGAAGUCAUGGGAGUCAUGAUGUCAUUGUGUCCGUUGUGCUCAUAAAGCCCUCCUAAAGGCAUCCAAAAACCACCAACAAGACUCCAUUUACAUCUCCUGACAGGAAUAAUAACCAACUCUCAGCGAUAUUGUUAUUUUAGUUCCGACGUUAAGGGGCUACUUCUAGCGCCGCAUUGAUCAGAGCAGUGUUUUUCAACCACUGUGCCGCGGGAUACAGUCUGAUGUAUUAAAUGAUAUAAUAAUGGUAAUUUAUUGGGUUUUUGCAAAGCAGUAAUUAUAGUCUGCAAAUGAUGUGUUGUUGUUGAGUGUCGCUGCUGUCUAGAGCUCGGCAGAGUAACCCUGUAAUACUCUUCCAUAUCAGUAGGUGGCAGCGGGUAGCUAAUUGCUUUGUAGACGUCAGAAACAGCGGGAAGCAGCGUACAGGUAAAAAGGUGUCUAAUGUUUAAACCAAAAUGCGAAUGCCGCUAAGAAAAAGCAUUGAAGCUUAGGGAAGGCUAUGCAGAACCAAACUAAAACUGAACUGGCUACAAAGUAAACAAAAACAGAAUGCUGGAUGACAGCAAAGACUUACUGUGGAGCAAAGACGGCGUCCACAAACUACAUCCAAACAUGACAUGACAAUCAACAAUGUCCCCACAAAGAAGGAUAAAAACAAGUGAAAUAUUCUUGAUUGCUAAAACAAAGUAGAUGCAGGAAAUAUCGCUGAAAGGAAGACAUGAAACUGCUACAGGAAAAUACCCAAAAAAAGGGAAAAAAGCAACAAAAUAGGAGUGCAAGACAAGAAGUAAAAGACUACACGCAGGAAAACAGCAGAAAAGUGCAAAUGCGUCAGGGUGUGAUGUGACAGGUGGUGACAGUACACCUACUUUGAGACAAGAGCUAUAGUCAUGCAUUUUGGUUUAAAGUCAUAUCCAACAACUUUUUAUUGUCAAUAUCAGCUACUGAGUUUAAUUUUUUUUAUGAUUUCUGCUGGUGGUUUGCCUCCGCAUUUUUCCCAUGAAAAAAAUGUGCCUUGGCUCCAAAAGUUGAAAAACACUGGAUCAGAGAGAGAUGUAACUAGCUUAUGCUGCUAUAUUGACGUCAUGGUCUGGUGAGCUUCUCUCUCGCCUCUGAGCUGGUGAAAGUUCAUUUUUAGAUCAGUUGUGUAGCAGAAGAAUGUGGCCAUAAAACGAUAAGUGUGUCGUCCAACUUUAUGCCUGCCGAUGGCAAGAAAGACACCAAAAGACAUUAGUUUGUUUUUUUACCUGCGAAAGGAUUAUGAUUAAUUCUUCAUCUAAACGGUAACAUAUGAACAUCCCAUUCGUUAGCAUCUUACUGAGAGCAGACAUUGUAGAGUAAGUGAUUGUUUUUAUAUGUUCAUAGUAUGGAUGUAACGGUAAACGGAAUGAUGCUAAACCGCAGUAAAAUUUCAGACGGUCAGUAAUGCCGUUUAUAUUUUCAAUUACUGCAAAAACCGUCUUUUAAUAAUGCAUUUUAGGCAACAGUGCUUACUUCCUGGAAGCGGACUCACAACGGCGUCGGCGCAUGCUCAGUCGUGCCGUUUGGCCAGAAACAUGGAGCAUAAACGUGCAGCAGGCCAUGUGUCGUGAACAUAAACGUUGCCAUAACCUGUUUAUAAAGUCUUUAUUUAAUUGUUAACUUUGUCAAUGUUCCAAUAACAUCAAUACUUGUUUGUUGGUGUUUUCCUGCGUGUAGUGGUUUAGUUCUUGUCUUGCGCUCUUAUUUUGGUGGCCCUUCCUCUUUUGUUGGUGUUUUCCUGCAGCAGUUUCAGCUUUGUGUUAGCAAGCAAGGCUGUUUACGUCGUUGCUAUCCUUCUUUGGGUGAACAUUGAUUGUCAUGUCAUGUACAUUCUGGACACUGUAAGUUUUUGCUGUCGUCCAGUAUUCUGCUUCUGUUUACUUUUGUAGCCAGUUCAGUUUCACUUUCGUUUUGCAUAGCCAUUGCCUUUUCCUUUCCCUUUUGUUCAUUUUUUGGUUUAAAGGGGAACAUUAUCAGCAGACCUAUGUAAGUGUCAAUAUAUACCUUGAUGGGGCAGAAAAAAGACCAUCUAUUUUUUUAACCGAUUUCCAAACUGUAAAUGGGUGAAUUUUGGCGAAUUAAACGCCUUUCUGUUUAUCGUGCUGGAGGCGAUGACGUCAGAAUGUGACGUCGCCGAGGUAACACACCCGCCAUUUUCAUUUUCACAUUACAAACACCGGGUCUCAGCUCUGUUAUUUUCCGUUUUUUUGACUAUUUUUUGGAACCUUGGAGACAUCAUGCCUGGUGGGUGUGUUGUCGGAGGGUGUAACAACACUAACAGGGAGGGAUUCAAGUUGCACCACUGGCAAGAAAUCUGCCGCCAGACCCCCAUUGAAUGUACCAGAGUGUCUUCAGACAUGGCACAGAGAUGUAUGGAUAACCUGCAGAUGCAUUUGCAAUGAUAAAGUCAACGAAAUCACAAAGGUGAGUUUUGUUGAUGUUGACUACCAGCUAAUCGAUGCUAACAUGCUACGCUAAUCGAUGCUAACAUGCUAUUUACCGGCGGUGCUAAAGCAGACAUGGCACAGAGAUGUAUGGAUAACCUGCAGAUGCAUUUGCAACUAUAUUACGUUUCAUUCCACCCACAUUUAAUGCGAAAAAAACACUUACCAAUCAAUGGAUUUAAGUUGCUCCCGUGUCAAAAGAUGCGAAAGUCCUGAUCCUUUGGUCCCCACAUUUUACCGGCGAUGCUAACGCAGCUAUUCGGCCAUGCUAUGGCUAUGAAUAGCGUCAAUAGCUAUUCGCUCAAUAGUUUCAGUUUCUUCUUCAAUACUUUCAUACUAAAACCAUCUGUUUCAAUACAUGCGUAAUCUGUUGAAUCGCUUAAGUCGCUGAAAUCCGAGUUUGAAUCCGAGCUAAUGUCGCUAUAUCUUGCUGUGGUAUUCCCAUUGUUUGUUUACAUUGGCAGCACUGUGUGACGUCACAGGGAAAUGGAUCGUCGCAUCGCAAAUAGCGGAAAUCAAGCACUUUAAAACUUUAUUUAGGGAUAUUCCGAGAUUGGUAAAAUUUUGAAAAAAAUUUCAAAAAAUACAACAAGCCACUGGGAACUGAUUUUUAUUGUUUUUAACCCUUUUGAAAUUGUGAUAAUGUUCCCCUUUAAGCAUGACAUACCUUUUUACCUGCACGCUGCCUCCCGCUGUGGUCCGCAUAUUGGGAUCCCAACAAACCGUCCUCGUCUCACUCGACACAUUCCGACUUUUCCAAAGCAAUUACCUACCUGCUGCCACCUACUGAUAUGGAGUAUUAGGUGAUUACCCCGCCCAGUUUUACACAACAGCACAUUAUUUUCAGAUUAUAAUUAUUGAGUUGCAAAAAAAAUUUUGGGGGGACCAAUUAGGUGAAGUUGCAUGAUUUUCUAGUGCACACCAGGCAAUACUAGUGUGCCGCGGCACAGUGCUUGAAAAACACUGGCCUAGAGUGUUCAGUUACUCAGCAGCGGAUGGGCAAAGUUGGCCUUUCUUGUACAUUUUUAUAGAGAAAGUUAUAUAAACAGUACUGUACGACAUAAUCACAGUUUGAUGCUUACUUUGGUUUUAAAAGGGAACUGCAGUUUUUUUGGAGGUUUGUCUAUUGUUCGCAACAAUUAUUUUUUGAAAUGCAUUCCAACUCUUAAAUAAAAGUCUCCCUGCAGUGCAGCCAAUGGGAGGUGUGCUCUAUUCUGUCCAUAAAACCCAAUUAAAAAAACACCAAAAUAUAAUCCAUUGACAUUUCCUGACUUGAAUGUUAAGCAAACAUUAGUGAUAUUGUUAUUAUAAGCACUAACACAGACAAAGUAUUUAUCACUGUUGACAUGAUCAACUGAUGAGCUGCUUCCUCCUUUCCUUGCUGCUCAAACUUUAUUUUAGAUCACAAGUCUUGCCUCUCAGCUGGAAAGUAGACCCGGUAAUGGCAAGAAGGACACAAAAGGACGCUUGGUUUCACCUCCCUUUUCUUCACGAGGAUUUUGAGUUAUUCUUCAUGUAAAUGAGAAUAUAUGAACAUCCUAGCAGUCGGCAUCCUAAUGACAGCAGACCAUGUACAGUAAGAGAUGCUUUAUUAUGUUUGUAGGCUGUCAUAAAGUCUGCAGUGAGUCGAUAUCACUGAUGUAUUGGGGAAAAAUAUGCUUGAAAUAAGUGAAUAUGAAGUGUUAUAAUACAUGUGCCUGAUACUCCAUUAUAUAACUACUCAGUGGACUAGUGGUUAGAGUGUCCGCCCUGAGAUGGGUAGGUUGGGAGUUCAAACCCCGGCCGAGUCAUACCAAAGACUAUAAAAAUGGGAGCCAUUACCUCCCUGCUUGGCACUCAGCAUCAAGGCUUGGAAUUGGGGGUUAAAUCACCAAAAAUGAUUCCUGGGCGCGGCACCGCUACUGCUCACUGCUCCCCUCACCUCCCAGGGGGUGAUCAAGGGUGAUGAGUCAAAUGCAGAGAAUGAUAUCGCCACACCUAGUGUGUGUGUGUGUGUGUGUGUGUGUGUGUGUGUGUGUGUGUGUGUGUGACAAUCAUUGCUACUUCAACUUUAACAUACUGUAUAUACUGUACUUACAUCAUGCAUAUAAAACCUUGGAGCGGCUCUCAUAGGCUCCAUUGUAAGCAGACUUUUGAUCGAAUGUAUUUCAAUCAAUCAAUGUUUACUUAAAUAACCAGUGUCUCAAAUGGCUGCACAAGCAACGACAUCCUCAGCUCAGAUCCCACAUCAGGCAAAGAAAACACUCAACCCAAUGGGUUAGGGUUACAUAUGUAUAUGUGUAUGUGUGUGUAUAUAUGUGUAUGUAUGCAGUAUGUAUAUUAUAUAUAUGUGUGUGUGUGUGUAUAUAGAUAUAGAUAUAGAUGGAUGGAUGGAUGGUAUGCCCUGCGAUGAGGUAGCGACUUGUCCAGGGUGUAUGCCGCCUACCGCCCGAAUGCAGCUGAGAUAGGGGCCAGUGACCCCAAAAGGGACAAGCGGUAGCAAAUGGAUGGCUGGAUAUAUAUAGUAUGUAUAUAUAUAUAUACUAGGGGUGUGGGGAAAAAAUCGAUUGAAAUACAAAUCGAAUCGUUUAUGUUGUGCGAUUCAGAAUAAAUUCUAAUUUUUUAAAAAUCAAAAAAAAAAUUUAUGUUAAAAUUAUUAUUAUUAUUAUUUUUUUCAAUCAAUCCAACAAACCACUACACAGCAAUACCAUAACAAUGCAAUCCAAUUCCAAAAGCAAACCUGACCCAGCAACACUAUAUAUACCGAUAUAUAUAUAUAUAUAUAUAUAUAUAUAUAUUAGGGGUGUGGGGGAAAAUCGAUUCAAAUACAAAUCGCAAUUCCCACAUUGUGCGAUUCAGAAUCGAUUCUCAUUUUUAAAAAAUAAAUAUAUAUUUUUUUUAAUCAAUCCAACAAACCACUACACAGCAAUACCAUAACAAUGCAAUCCAAUUCCAAAAGCAAAGCUGAGCCAGCAACACUCAGAACUGCAAUAAACAGAACAAUUGAGAGGAGACACAAACACCACACAGAACAAAACAAAAGUAGUGAAUAUUAUCAACAACAGUAUCAAUAUUAGUUAUCAUUUCAGCAUAGCAGUGAUUAAAAAUCCCUCAUUGACAUUAUCAUUAGACAUUUAUAAAAAUAAUAAAAAAGAACAAUAGUGUCACAGUGGCUUACACUUGCAUGGCAUCUCAUAAGCUGGACAACACACUGUGUCCAAUGUUUUCACAAAGAUAAAAUAAGUCAUGUUUUUGCUUCCUUUAAUACAUUAUUGCAAUCAGUUGAUAAAACAUUGUCCUUUACAAUUAUGAAAACUUUUACAAAAAUCUACUCCUCUGCUAGCAUGUGAGCAGACUGGGGUAGAUCCUGCUGAAAUCUAUGUAUUGAAUGAAUACACAAUCCUUUUCAAUCGGGAAAAUAUCCUUUUUGAAUCGAGAAUCGCGUUGAAUCAGAAAAUCGAUAUAUUAUCGAAUUGUGACCCCAAAAAUCGAUAUUAAAUCAAAUCGUGGGACACCCAAAGGUUCGCAGCCCUAAUAUAUACUGUAUACAUAUACAUAUACAUAUACAUACAGUGUAAGUGUAAUAUGAUCAAACGUUCUUGUUCUUGUCAAAAGUCUAGCUGCCGCAUUUUGUACCAACUGUAAUCUUUUAAUGCUAGACAUGGGGAGACCCCAAAAUAAUAGGUUACAGUAAUGGAGAAGGGACCUAAUGAACACAUGAAUAAUGAUCUGCAUUGUUAGUGGACAAAAUGGAACACUUUUUAGAGAUAUUGCGGAGAUGAAAGAAGGUCGUCUUCGCAACACUUUUAAUGUAUGAGAGUUGGCUGGAAGAUAAUACCCACAUUCUUUACCCAGUCACCCUGUGUCAUUGUUUGGUUGUCACAUUUUAAGGUGGUGUUAUUAAAUAGAUGUUUAAUAGUUUGGUUGUCACAUGUUAAAGUUGUGUUAUUAAAUAGAGGUCGGUCUCUAGCAGGACCGAUAAUCAGCAUUUCCCUUUCCUUAGCGUUGAGCUGCAAAAAGUUAGCGGACAUCCAUUGUUUAAUUUCAUGAAGGCACGCCUCCUGCUGACUACAAUCCGGCGUGUUGGUCAGCUUUAGGGGCAUGUAGAGUUGGGUGUCAUCAGCAUAAUAUUCAAUAUUUACAAUGCAUUAAAAAUACUUCUGUAGUAUUGUCUGUCAUAAUGAUUGUGAACAAUAGACCAACUUCCAAAAAAAGUGCAGUUGCCCUUUAAGCUCAUGGUUGGCUUCACUUUGGGGACAGUAUUGGUACAGUAGCAGUACAAUACAUUGCAAAACUAUUUCAAUGUUAUUUAGGCAAGAUUUUUGAUAGGUGAAACUGUACCACUGUAUGAUUUUGCUCCAUUUCUAUUGCAUGGUACUACAUUACAUAAUGUCAGCUCAUGUGCCUUGUUUUACAUGUUUGGUUAACCAAUGAUAUUUUAAAGAAAAUUGUUUAUAGUUCAGGUUGUAUUUUAUUUAAAAAAAAUCAUGUCACCAUUCACGCAUUUGCUUCUUGUGACACAUGAAUGUAUUUGUACAUCCAGAAGUGUUUAGACACUUUUUUUGGGGUGUUUUUUGCCUUUUAUACAUUUAUACAUCAUCACAGAUUUUAAUCACAACAACUUAGAUGUGAUUCAAGACAGAACUGUCACUAAAAUGUCAUAUUUGAUAUUAGAAAUUAGAAUUAGUGCUUUUGGCAUAAUUGUAAAUAUAAAUAUCCAAAGUUUAAAGCAAGGAUGUCCUCAGGGACCAUUUACUUCUUUAUUGGCCACUUGCAUAUGAUAAUAAAUCAUUAUGUAGAUAUAUUAUUAGAUGUUGUAAUAAUUAUUAUUGUCUUUGUUUUGUUCAUUUAGCACAAAAUAUAUCAGUGUCUCUGGCAUCCUAUUCAAUUUUCUUACCCUUGAGUGAAAAAGUGUGCUAUAAAGGAAACCUGCCACAUAAACAGUGUAUCUAUA